AUGUUGUGCUCUGCGGCAAGUUUGAGCAUCAGUAAUGAAAGUCACCCUUCCGUCAGGCUUGAGCAUGGAGGUAACCUUGUUGAAAGACUCUGGCUCAAAAUCAGAGGCGGUGUUGACAAUCAAGUCCAAAGUGUCUGCAUACUUUUCUUCGAAUCCUUCUUCGUUAGUUGCAACGAAAUGAUCGGCACCGAUCUGCGUAGCAAGAGCCUUCUUGCUGUUACUUCUAGAAAUGGCGGUGACCUCAGCACCAAGGGCCUUGGCAAACAUAAUUGUCAUGUGGCCAAUACCACCAAUACCCGAAACACCAACCUUGGUUCCCUUUUUCACGCCGUAGGUGAGCAAUGGACGGAAUCCAGUAAUACCUCCGCAAAGCAUUGGGGAGGCGUCCUCGCUGGCAAGACCUUCUGGAAUUGGGAUGGCAAAUCUGCUGUUCACACGGAUGUGGGAAGCGUAUCCACCCUGAACAAGAGUGCCGUCUGGGUACGAGUGCAAGUAAAGAUGGGUUCCCUUACGACAGCAGUUGGCUUUAUGGUUGUUACAUCUGUAACAUUCACCACAGGAGUCACAUUGAGCUCCAACACCAACUCUCUGGCCGAUCUUGUAUUUGGAGCGAUCAACCUCAUCACCAAGAGCAACAAUCUCUCCAACAAUUUCGUGACCGAAAGCUCUUGGAACAGGAAUAUCACCCCAGUGACCCUUACUCGCAUGCAAGUCAGAUCCACAGAUACCGCAAGAGAUGAUCUUGAUGUCGACGUCUUGUGGUCUGGCUUGGUAAGGCUUGUAGGAGAAAGACUUAGCGUUAGGCCAGUCUUUCAAGUUGAGCAAUCCGAUAGCUUUGAAUUCAGAUGGUGA